CAUCAACUGUAUUCUCGUCUUAGAAAGUGCGCCGGUCUUACAGACUUCCUCUACCAGUCCUCGUCUUGUGAAAGAAGUCGUGUGUUCUAGCUUACGUGCCUCCAGCCUAAAUCUAGCGCAGUGCCACCGUUCCGGGGAAAGUAUCGUAUAAAAGUCUGUUUGUUUACUACUGAAUUAUGCAUUAGCACAACAAACACAGCAGCUAACUAACUAAACACGACUCGAAGAUGACAAACCGUUACCUGUCUCUGAUAUCAAUGGUGGUUCUAGUUUUUGCUCCCUCUUGGAUGGGUGGCGUUCAGGGGUCGAUUACGGCGUACUACAAGGCGGCCUCCGAUUGUGUGAAGUUCUUGGGAAUUUGUGAGUCUAGGUUGGACCAGUACAACCAGUUUAGUUUCCCCCCGGAUCGGGAUACGAUGUGCUUUGUGCGAUGUGUUGGGCUGGUCUUUGAUGUCUGGAACGAUCAGAAUGGAACCAACUGGUGUGGAUUGGAGUACAAAUUGGACCCAUUGAGUGAGCAGCAAACCAAACAGUGCAUCCAGCAUAAGAUGGCCAUCAUCGACCCUUUGGAUGUUUGUGCUAGGGCUUACUACUCGUUGCGGUGCUUCCGGGGGCACAUUAGGGACAUCUUGGCCGGUCAUUCGACGAUGUCCUACGAUCAUCAUGCUCUGGCACCUUUCGGGGAUUCUGCUCCUGCAGCUGGUCAUGUGUCGAGCUCUUGUGGAUGCAGCAGUUGCACCAGUGGAACAGGAACCUGUACCGGAAGUUUCACUCCUCUUCCGGUUUGUCAGCUGAUUGAUGCCCUGGACACUUGCAUCGGUAUCUGCGGAUUCCAGUCGCUGAACUUCUGCUCAGAUGAUGGUGAAAUCUUCCCGGAUUGCCCGGCUGCUCACUGUACCAUCCAAUGUGCCCUCAAAAGGACCAAAGUCUACAGCGAUCAGAAGGGCAUUUUGGUGGACAACCUGUACACCCAGCUGGGUCGUUGUGAAACUUACGAAUCGUUCCGAGGACGUCUGGAGAACUGCUUCCGUCGCAGGAGACAACCUCCGGGAACUUGCGCCGAAGCUGUGGCCUUCCGCCAGUAUUUUACCUGUGUCCAGCCGGAUUACGCUCGAUUCUUUGCCGGAAACUACGCCGAACUAGCCAAUGUCCAGAGCUUUAAGAAGUACUGUUACUAG